AUGGAGAGCCCAGACACGUGCCUAGGGACGUAUCGAGGACGCCGUGCCUGCGCCGCACGUAUUGGAUGGACGGGUGGCACGCUGCGCGGGACUUCAGCGGGCGUUGGCACGCGCCCACGACUGCUUAUUCAAGACACGGUGAAGGGGCAGCCUUCCGUGACCAAAUUAUUCGACCCCAAAAAGUCAGAAAAAGACGAGACAUGGCGUUAUCUUGAAGUUGCGACAACUAACCUCAGUCACCGUACAAGAGCGCCACGCGAUGACGAUAAGUACCGAGUCAUUCCAAACGCGUUGUCAAUCGAAAUCGACAGCGACUUAGCAGAAUGCCCGUUACGAGAUAACUACACUAUCACAAAAGCCGAAGAUAUGUGUGGAAUAGACGGCUUGGGUAUAUUGCACUGGGAAGUUGGUGAUCUCGGGGCAGAGUGUGCUGCGGGCUCCUGUCGAGGCGUGCAAGCACCUAUUGGUCCGAAGAAACCCACAGUGAGCGAUGUAUUAAUUAUGGGUGAGACGUUCUUGCCAACACUUGCUCUGGACUAUUAUUACUUUAACCGCAAUAGUAAAUUCGUUGCGUGGAAGACGAUCGUGUCGUUGCGUUUCCCUCAGUCUCUUAAGAUCGGAGACGCAGAGCUGCUGCUUCUCGUCGUUUCGCACUGGUAA